CGCACUCUUCGCCAUCAGCGAUCCACCUCCCAUCAUGCCGUCGAUAGCGAUCGAGCAUCGUUUCCCGAGAACAGAUAUUGAAGAGGCGCGUACAUGGGAUGACGACUGGUCUGGUCUGGCCGACCCUGCCGAACGGCGAAGGCGGCAGAACCGUCUGCAUCAACGGGCUUGGCGUAAGUCUUUGAUGUCGGACAAUUUCCACAGGCGGUUGAUCGCUGAGCCUGAUUCACAGGACGUCGAAAGGGCCGGCAACAGCCCGCUGACGGAGACAUGAAGGUUGCCCACGCCGCUCAUGAAGAUAAGCCCUCAUUGCCUGGCGCGCUGGUCAGUGCAAGUCUGCUGCGGCCGAACAGUGAGAUCGACAAAUACCUACAACCACGCUCAAAUAGAUGUUUCAACCUGCAGUUGCGGCCAUACGCAUACUGGGAGCGCCAAAGGUCGGAACCGGUGGAGUCAACAGGCAAGGCAGAGCCAUUCGUCCCCGACGUCUGGACCGUCUCCAGCCGUCUCAUCCCACCCAUGAUCCCAUAUCUUCCGGACGGAGUCGACGAACAGGCACCGAGGUUCCAUUUCCCGCUGUCGCCUGACCACCAACUCAUCGUGCUGAUCCAAUUCAACGCGCUCCGCGCCAUACUCACCAACCUCUCGAUCCUGUCGCUGCAGCAUCGGAUGCCGCUGGAAUGCCGUGCCGCAUUCAAUAUCGCCUGCCUCCCCGAAGCACCUAGCACCAUCCCACCGGCGCUCCGGCCCACGCCGCUGCAGGCAUCGAUCCCGCACGACCCUUGGAUCGACAUGAUCCCUUUCCCCACCAUGCGGGACAACAUGAUGCUAAACGGAGACAAUACUGUUUUAGAUGACAUCUGUGAAGAUGCUCUUGGUGGUCUGUAUGAAGGAUACGAUGAUAUUGAAGCCAGAGGAAUUAUCGUAUGGGGUGAACCGUGGGCGCCGAGCGGCUGGGAGGUCAGCGAGGGGUUUGCGAGGAAAUAUUGGUUCUUACUCAAAGGGUGCGAUGAAUUGAUCGAGGCUACACAGAGAUAUAGGGAAGCAAGAGGUGAGGAAAGGCUUGUCAUUGAGCUUUGAGAAUUGAAAUCACAAGCUGCUCGGUCGCAUUUCACUGAUUGACCACAUACCAAUAUUUCUGUGAUCCAAUCAUUGAUGGGGCCAAGCAAUCCGGGAUUAGAGUUGAGAUGAAUAAUGAUUAUUUCACAGUGCUCAAGAUCGUGACAUGUUUAAGGCUCAGGAAUUUUGACCGUUUACAUGAUACUACCGCAUAACUGCUUUGUUGUUUUC